GGAGAGACCGAUUAAGGGGAGAAUGGCAUAUAUACUGCCACGAAAACUCGUAAUCGUCAUUCAUGUUGUACUUGUCAUUGUCGUCUAUAUCAACUUCUCUUAUUCUUUCAUUCGUUCUCUCUCGGGCUGGUUUCCGACUCUGCUUCACGUUCCUUUAGCCUUGGUGUGCUGUUUCUGUUCCCAUUCUCUUUCUAGGCGUAGCAUACGCCCUUCCCGCAUCGGCCCUCGCUUGCUAUUCUCACCUGUUUCUGCGGGUACAAGCCCAACCGGGAGCCAUGCGUCAUCCACUCUCUCUCCGCUUCUUCGCCAACUUCACUAUUACCAUUCUCCUCGCCUGCAACAUAGUCUCUGCCUUCCAUGUUGAAGAUUUCCUUUACACCUUGCGAUCGCUGAAAGAUGCGCCAUCCGGUAGCGCGGUUCUCAAUGCCCGCAGCUCGAACCUUACCGCUCCUGCUUCCGCUCCGGCUUCCAAUGGCACUGUUGGCUCCUCCCAUCCUGACUCUACGGACAAAAAGGAAUGGGGACUUGGCAUAGGUGGUCUGUUGCAUAACCUCUUCGGCCGCCAUGAUACGUCCACCGCCAUCACUCUCAAUAUCCGGGCCUCAAAUGGCACCGUAACCCCUGCUGGAGUUUCCAAUGGCACUAUCCUAGGCGGUGCCUCCCAUCCAGACGCGGCAACCAAAGGAGACCAUGGAUCCCUUGGACUUGGCGAUCUCCUUCACAAGAUCUUCAAUUACCACAACACGCCCACCAUCCCUGGUCCUCUCGCUGGCCGCAGCUCGAAUAGUACUGUCCUUCCCGCUGCCGUAUCCAACAGCACUGUUCCCACCGGCUCUUCCCACCCGGAUGCAGCAACAGAUAAGGGACAGGGGCUCGGACUGGGUAAUCUUCUGAGCAAAAUCUUUGGCCGUUCUAAACCUGUGCCUGUGUCUGUCGAGCCUGAAGAUGUUGACGAGGUUGACGGCGAGGUUGGUAUGCUUAUGAGUCUCAACCGCCGUGCCAAAAAGGACGGGGAGAAUAGGCUGAGCCGUGAGGAGAGGAGGAAGAAUCGGGAGAAGAGGCGUGUGAGAAGGGCCAUGUCUGCUGCAACUGAGUCUAAGAAGGAGGAGAGACAAAUUGCUCGCUCCAGAGUGUUUCGGGGGUGAGGGUGGCGGCUGCUUGUCGGCCAAGCCAAGAUGAGCUUCG